AUGCCUAUUCAUGUCAAACUUACCACCACUCACACUCCUCUCAAGCUCUCUCUCAAGAACAAAGAAAGAAAACCCAAGAUUCAAUUCACAGGUUUUGUGGCAAUGACGAUUUCGCUUCUGAGUGAUGCAACAGGCGCUGCUGUUCUCUGCAUCAUGUUGUGGCUCCUUUGUGCCUGGGUUUUCAAGAAUGUCACUUUGGACUUCCAUAUGACGAAAUACCACGAGAAGAUCCAGGAUUCUCUCUUCUUCUGGUACAUCACUGAAGCCCUCUCAGGCCGUCCUUGGAUCGAAAUCCAGCACCUGGUAGAUCCAGAGAAAGCCUCAGCUUGGAGUAUGAAGAAAAUGCUUCAAAAGGGUUUAGCUUUGAAGCUACAAAGUGAAUCAGAGGCAAGAAUUUUAGGGAAGAAGCUCUUCCUGAACGUUGCCAGGCCUGGAUCAGAGUACAUUGAGCUGUCGGAUUUAGCUGGAUUCCUUCCGGAAAAUGAUGCUUUGGCGACUUUGGGCAUCUUCGACGGAGUUAUAGAGGGUGAGACAACUCCAAUCAGCCGCAUAGCUCUGCAACACUUGAUGGUUUAUGCUUUCAGACUAGAAAAGUCACUUGUCUUGUCAAUGACAGACACCGAUUAUAUAAUCAGCCAUUUGAGGCUCAUAGUAUACCUCUUUGCUGGGAUUGGACUAGCCAUUUCACUGCUUGUUGCACUAGUUCUACGCGGAUGCGGAUGCGGAUACGGAUGCAUGGUUCUCAUGCCGUGUCUAGCUAUGGUUUUAGCAAGACAUCAAAAACUGCAUUUCUUCAAUGAUUCGAUGCAGUUUGUUUUGUUUCUCUUGCCGUUUCAUGUUGGGGAAAGAUGUGAAAUCCAGGGGGAUGAGUUCGUGGUGCAGAAAAUCAACUUCUUCUCAACGAUCUUCGUAAGACCCGAUGAUAAAGGUAACGUUCGAUUCAGCAAUGCUGCUCUAAUGCACAAGAACUUUGCAACCUUUGGAGAUAGUUCUCGGUUGGAGAAGAUGGAGCUGAUUCUUAGGUAA